GUCACUCUGUUUGGGGAGGCGCGAACCCUCAACCCUUCAGCGUCUACGAAGAGUUCGUGCAUAUAUUCGCGAGAUACUUUCGAUAAGUUGUGUUGUGUUUGGAGAGUUGUUUCCGAUCUUGGUGGAGUUGUAUUGGAUUUUCCUAUCGCAAAUGACGAAUAUCUGAGGUCGUUGAGGAUAUGAUAUAAACACCAAAUAAUCCUCACAGCCGACGAAGGCAAAUAGUUAACACCUCUACAGGGGCCUGCUUGAUAAUUAUGAAACAAUUUACCUCAUCGCCUGCAAACCACCCCCACCUUUAACUAAGUACAACUGCAUACAAGAGAAACUAUGGAGCUUGCAGUAGCUUCCAAUCGACGACUAUGGAUCGAAAGGUGCGAAAAUGGAAAUUAGAAACACUCUGGAGGUUCAAUUUGUUGAAGGAUUCAGGUGGCGGCAGUUUGUAUCGACGUAGCCGUGCAGCAUUGGAGCUACCCCCCAAGUGGAGCGGAUGCGGCUGAAGUAAUGCUGGGCCAACCCGUCCGCGCAGACCAUGCUUUCUAGAUGCGCGGCACUAUGCAGCCAUCGUCGCAGUGAGUUUAAUGCGCGUUGCCACAUCGUCUACGGUCGAACUGGGGUGUGGCUGUUCGUGGCCGUAUUGUGUUCGGUAAUCGGGCGGCAUCACGUGACGCGAGCUGGUCCUCCGCGAUAUAGUUCGCGUAUCGUCGAGAUUGAAACGGGCGCCAUUCGCGGCAUAAUCCUGGAAUUGAAUUCAAGACAUUUAGAGCCGGUCGAGGUUUUUAGGGGUGUCCCUUACGCGGCGCCGCCCGUUGGUCCCCUACGUUUUGAACCACCCCGUCCCCCAAUUCCCUGGCCCGGUACUAGAUUGGCCGACACUUUUGGUGCCGUCUGUCCACAAAAAUAUCCAGACGUAAGCAAUAAGACGGCCGCGUUGCAGACGAUGCCCAGAGGGAGGUACCAAUAUCUGAAAAAGUUGGUACCAUUGCUGGUCAAUCAGUCCGAGGAUUGUUUGUUUUUGAACGUUUAUGUUCCUGGAAGUGGCAAUAGAGGAUUGGAAGCACCCUACGCAGUCCUGGUUUAUGUCCACGGAGAAAGUUUCGAGUGGGGGGCGGGUCACCCUUAUGACGGUAGUGUGCUGGCCUCGUACGGUCACGUUAUAGUGGUUACUCUCAACUUCCGUUUAGGAUUACUCGGUUUUCUUCGGACGAAAUCGGGGUUAGGGGACGACCCGUCCGGAGGCGGAAAUUUGGGGAUCAAGGACGUAGCGGCAUCGUUACGCUGGAUUAAAACAAAUAUAGCGGCUUUCGGAGGCGAUCCAUCCAGGGUUACCCUAGUGGGGCAAGAUACCGGAGCGACCAUAGUUAAUUUACUAUUUCUGUCGCCUACGUCGAAAGGGCUCCUCCACAGAGUGAUUCUUCUGAGCGGUACAGCGCUUAGUCCUUGGGGUACUGUCCACAACGCUGACAAUCUCCGACUAAGCGUCGCAAAGCAAAUGGGUUGUUUACCUCAAGACUCCAAAGGAGACGACGGCGAAGACAUAGCUCCCUGCCUUCGAUCGAGGCCACUGCAAGCGCUCUUGGACGUGAACCUAGAAACCGUCCGGUUUAUGCCUAAAGUAGCUCCUUCGUUGCCGGUAGAUUUGGAAUCGACGGAUCCAGCUUACGCCAUGGAACACGCUAGCGAGAACUUCAUCACAUGCGAAGUGAUGUUGGGCACCACCACAACCGAAAGCUAUUCCGACUUCAACGCGAACGAUAUCCAAUACGGGUUCGAAGAAGACCAAAGGAACCGCGUGCUGAGAACCUACAUCAGAAACACUUACGUGUAUCAUUUGAAUGAGAUUUUUUCUGCGGUCAGAAACGAAUAUACGGACUGGGAUAAGCCCAUACCUCACCCUAUCAAUAUCAGAGACUCGACCAUGGAAGCGUUAAGUGAUGGGCAUACGGUCGCGCCCUUAGUGCGUGUUGCUUAUUUACAUGCGCGUCGGGGUGCAAAAACGUAUUUUUUUCAUUUCGGUUACCAGAGCAAGGACAGCGACUAUCCCCAGAGGUUGGGCACCGUGCGAGGCGAAGACCUCGCUUACAUCUUAGGUCAACCACUAGUCGGAGGUCAGCCGUUUUUCCCUCAAAACUACUCCCGGCAGGAUAUGGGCGUAGCGGAAGCGCUACUGAACUUCAUAAGCAACUUUGUUAAAAGCGGGGAUCCCAACGGACCAGGGAUUCACAAAGAAGUGCCCGACUAUGGAACUCCCAGGGAGAAAACGAGGUAUCGCGGACUGACGUGGGACCCUUAUGAGAUCGGAACACAAUAUUAUCUCAGCAUAACGUUGAAACCCAAAAUGAAGAGUCACUACAGAGGUCACAAAAUGGCCGUUUGGCUAAACCUUAUACCCCAACUACACCAACCUGGAGACGAGGAUGUCAAUAUGAGGCAUCACCACUUCUACGAGAGGGAACCCUAUUACUAUGCAGGCGCGGUAAGGGCCGAAUCGUUUACGAGGUUGCCAUCUAUUAUGCAUCCGGCUUCAAUGACGGAUUCUCAAAUCGUUGUCGGAGGAAGUGGCAGCAACACUGGCACAGAAUGCGUACCGCCUUCCACAACCGGUGACAAUGCAGAAGACGGAGAGGAAGAAAAAAUUGAAGACAGCGAAGAACUUUUGGAGCGACUAGCUACCAGACAUUAUUACAGCUACACGGCGGCAUUGGGUGUGACUGUAGGAGUUGGCUGUCUCUUGUUGGUGCUUAAUAUGCUAAUAUUCGCUGGGAUUUAUUACCAGAGAGACAGAGACAGAAGACGUCAAAACGAAAACCAUAAUGUGAUAGAUCGACAUUCAAGAAGCAAUUCAACCCCAUCCACGGAAACUAUACCGAUGUCUCAGAGGCCGUCGACACCGGGGAGCUCGACAAGGCAGUCGCCCAUACUCGCGAGAAGAGAAAAUCCUCAUCGAGAACUUCCGCCAUGUUACAAUACCAUACCGAGAAGUCAAACAUCGCACGAUUUUUACAAUGUAAGCGUGACCACGGCUCAGAACACCCUCAAAAAGGACAAACCUCAACCUCCGCUAAGGACGUCGAGCAAUCCUUCGGGAGGAGUCGUUAAAAAACGCGUUCAGAUCCAAGAGAUAUCGGUAUAGCAUUCGGAGUCCGGGAGUCGUCGACAAGUCGACUCCCCGAAUACGACAGGCGUCAAACCGGACGUGACGCCAGAUCGUGAGGACUUUGGUUCGUUAGACCAAUGCGAUUUGGUAUCGGUUCAGUUAUAAUAUUGCGAACAUUUUGGCGACGUUAUCGUGGUUGUGUUAGAAUAGGUCCUUUAACGCGCACCAUGUACAGGAUGUUUCGUUUUAGCGCCCUUUCUAUCGUUUUUAUUGGAAACGAAAAAAAGGAUAAUUUUAAUUUAAUUGUCUGAACAAUGAUGAUAAUAAAUAACUCUAUUGAUAGUAACAUGAAAUGUUUACACUGCAAAAAUUAAGUAGUUAGAAACAGUAUUAUGAACAGGGUAGAUUAAAACAAAUGAUAAUAGGACAUGCUCAUUUAAAAUCGGCUGUUGUUUUAAAAAGGAGUGCAGGAGACCAGAGAGAGAGACUAACUCUCAGAUUCAAGGUAUGUCUUUUGCACUUAGUUUUGGAAAGUUUUCUGAUGUAAAUAUUUCAUUAGUACGACACUGGAUACUCUACCAAAAAAUCGAAAUUUUAUUCUUCCCCAAAUUCGAUUAAAUUGUCUUCAGAACAAUUGUUUCCUUGUCCUAUUCUUUUCCUUUUCUUUUCCGUCUCUUCAUCCAGAAUUUUGUUUUAAUGUUAUUUAUACAGAGUUGGGUGUGCUACAAAUGGAGUUUUUCCUGGCUCAUACAAGUAAAACCGAAGAAAUAUCCAGUUAACCGAACACCUGCCGAAUGAUGGAUUAUUCCAGACCCUUCCAUUAAGAAGGCAUCCCGCUAACUUCCCUUUAUGUGUAUAGCCAAUACAAGUAAUUAAAUAUCAAAGAAAAAUCCACUUAUAUUUGAAAUCGCAAAAGAGGAACGAGUGAGUGGGAUGGUUUCAACUUUAUUCUCAAAUUCUAGUAAUUCAAAUAAAAACGAUAGGAUGAAUGUGGCGAAUUAUGAGCGAACCCUCGUUAAACGAAGUUGUAAGUAUAAUUUAUUCGGGACUGGAUCCAUAAACUUAUGAAAGUUAUGCGAGUGAUGAAAUUGAGAUAAUACUAGGGAAAGAGCAUUACAGCGUCAACAACUGGUCAGCGGCUACACAAAGAACUAGACACCAAAAAAAAAUCACGUCUUUUAAUUUGUUCAAAAAGUGAUCUAACAUCUUCGCGUUUCCGGCGAAAUGUUUCGUCGUGUCGACAUAGUUGGUCAAGUCCGUUGUCUAUAUUUUGUAUAAACACGUACAAUACUGCCCUAACUAAUUUAAGAUGUGAUAGAAUAUAUUUAAGAAUAUCUUUAAAUGUACAGCGUAUCGAAUAACAAGUUGACGUUUUUAUUUGUGAGAUAUACUAGAUGGUUAAGGUAUGGCCAUGCAUGAUAGCAAAAUGAGACAAAUAUUAAUAGUAGUAAUGGGGAUUGUUAUCUUUAUUUUGCUCAUUUCUACAGUUGGGAAAUUCCCGUAGUUCUGUUACUUCAUUUGGCUAUAUAAUUCUUACAUGAUCAAGCAAUAUUUUCUUUAAAUAUACGUAAAAAGUAAAAAUAACUUCUUAAAAAAUCUUCCUACUUACUUAGAAAUGGUAAAUAUAUAAAUUUGUUAUUUAAAAAAAAAUAGUCAAUAUGCAUUUUUUCAGAAGUACUGUUUCAAAAAAAAAUACUUACGCAUGUAAUCACGCACAUUAGACUAUUAUUUUCUACGUCCUAAAAAAGGAAAAAUAUACAUUAUCAAGUCACACAAAUUAGAAAAUCAAAUUAACAAUUUUUGAUAUCACAUCAAAGUACAUUAUUUAUAUAACCUUAAAUACAUAUUUUAUUUAAUUAUAAUGCGAUAAGUUACUUCAAGUUUUAAGAAUUUAGUUUUAUUUAUUACAGUCAAAAAAUUCAAAGAGAUAUAAAAUUGCCAAACAUUAUUAAAAAAAAACUACAAUUAACUGCCAUUAGUAUGGACAUAUAUGACAAGCAGAAUUUCCAUUACUACGCAUUUCUAUUCGGUACCAGCAACUUCAUACCCCCUCCCUCAGCAACUUCUUCCAAAAUUUAAUUUAUUUGUCCUGAUUGAUCAAAAUAUAAGUUCAUUAUGUAUCUUGGAAAAAUCUAAAGAUGUACCAGUACACUGAAAACACGGGCGUUAAACAUGAAAAGCUAUUUGCCAAUUUUGCAAAAUAUUUAUUCUCAAAAUAGGCGGGAGAAAAUGCUUCUCUAUAAUCUGCAAUAAUCAAUUUCGAUCUUCUGCCAAUAAAAUUAGGUAGAUAAUGGCAAAAUUUGUAUCGGAAGCGCACCAUGAAAUUUUGAUGAGUACUUUAUUUGGGUAACGCGAUUGGAUUUUAGAUCGUUUUUUAAGUUUUGCAAAAAAAUCGGCUUUGACUUUUUUUAAAGAAACACAGAGAUAAGAUAAGAUAUUGAUCACCCUGUAUUUUUUUAAUUUCUUGAGCUACAGAGUUGAUGUUUUACCGAGUUGUACAGAAAAUUAUAGAAAUAUCAUGUACGGUUAUGUUUCGCGUUUGUAUAAAUAUGUGAGCUUAUUUUUUUUCUCUCAACGCGUUUUUAAAAUAUGUACAAAAAUAGUUUUUUAAGUUUAACACCCCGUAUCUUUUUAACGAAGCCUCCUUUAUGUGGGGGUUACAUCAAAGAUGACGAAUCUUAAUUUUUAAUCACCGUUUCUCAUUGAUCUAUAAAUUUUCAUCUAUUAGAUAGUCUAUACCACAGUAGAAGAAAAAGGUACUACGUAAGUUAGAUUCGGUUGGUUAUAGAGGCCACGUCUUGAUCAGCACCUUAACUAUCUUUAGAUUAUUGAAUUUUAGUUAACUUAACGCCCAACUAUUACCCCUGCGUCAAUUCAAAUACGUUUACAUCUCAUAAGCACCGUAACGCUCAGUUAUUAGUUUCGAUCGUUUUGAAAUAAUUAUGCUGAUUGCACUUAGCCAAAAACGGGUCGUUUAAUUAGUAAAAUGUGUUAUCUAAUAGUGGGUUGAGAUAGCGAGAUAUGGUAUUCUAUAUUAAAUUUUCUUCGACAUACAGGGUAAAUGAUGAAAUUGCGCGUCACGUAUAGGUAUAUCAAAUUUUAUGUUAGGGUCGAUUUCGAUUCGCCGACUUUAAACUUUUAAAUUUCAGGCUGGCAUCUGCGGCAACUCCGACCGAUCAGUACCUGAGAAUUAUUUUGUGUUGGAAUCAAUAUUUUUGAGACAACACGCAUAUUUACAACAAACCAACACAUUCUAUAAUAAGCAAUGUUAAUAAAUAUCUCGUUUAAAUCUAUUUUAAAAAUGCUGGACACUCGAAAUGCAGGUAAACAAAAUUUGCGGAGUGAUUUCAGAGGUUUUUUUCUGCACCUCUAAAAAAAUUAGCAUCCACUUUUUUGCAUAUCUAAUUUUUAUCAUACGAAAACAAACAUCACCAUCUGCAAAUGCAGUGUCUGGUUUACCAUAUUGAAAAUACAAAAAUUAAACUAAGAAACAUGAAACAUGGAAGUAUGGAAGUUAGAGUCUCAAAUAUUUCUAACGCCAACCGUAGAAAAGUAAAUGUCAUGUAGAUAUUGAUAUUUGUGAUAUAUUUGUUAAUCUUUAGGUAAAUAUAUUAUAUAAAAUUAAUAAAUAAUCUUAAAUUAUUUCAAAUUAUCGCUCAUUGGUUAAAUUUUGUUCAUAGAAAAUCAGAUAUAAAUAAUUAAAAUUUUAUGAAAUUUAAUUUUUAAAUUUUAACAAUUAAUAAAACUGUUAAAAAAUAAACAAUACAUCGUGUUAUAUAUUUUUUACAAAUUAUAAGAAAAAAAUAAUAAUAAUCCAUAGUUACAGAGUGAUCACUAUCUGAGUUGUACAGAAUAUAUUGCGUUUUCAUAAUAAUUAAAAAUAUUGUAAAGAGAAGAUAUUGUGAGAGACAUAUUUCUGAAUGAAACACUUUUUAUACCUAUUGAUUUUUUUUAAACUCGUGAAAAUAAUUUCUUACUUAUUAUAAAAAAAUUUUGUACAACUCCCAGCUCUUAAUAAUAAAAUAUACAGGGUGGACGAUAUCUUAUAAAUUCUCUGUGCUUCUGAAAUCAGUUCACAAUUUUUCGAGUGUCAAUCAACUUAAGCAAAUUAUUUGUUCGAUUUUCGGUAAUUUUGUAGGCAAUAUUUAAACAACUCUUAGAAAUAUUCAUGUCCAACUUUUUAAGAUACUGCUCGAAAUCAACCUACCUAUGUAAAUUAUUAAACGUUAAUAAACAGUUACCGAUUUAAACAAACUCU